AAAUCUCUUUUUUUUCUGCAAGAAAUGGAGAGAGAUCUUGUCGACAACCGUAGACAAUCAUACUCCACCGGUCGAUGCUUGAGUUCGCCGUUAUCUUGUUUCAUCCAUACAGAAACAGAGUACGCUCGAAUCAGUAACCACGACAAGAAGACAAGAUCAAGUCCGAAGUUAAGGGAUGUGAUGAGAAGAUUAUUACUGGUUAGAAGUUGCGGAUUGGAGAAUAAUAAAUCAAAAACCUUAGUUACGUUUCACUACGAUGCUGUGAGUUAUUCGCAGAACUUCGACGAUGGUUUCUGUUUCCGCGAUGAUGAUCCUAAGGUUUUCAGAGAUCUUCCAAAACAGAGUCCGGGUGAUGAUCCCGGGGACAUAGUUUACCACGGGGAUGCAACCCCCGAUGAAGAUGGAACGGUGAACUUCAACAACGCUGAACAAACAUCUCAGGUUGGUUGGAUUACUUAUUCCAAGAAGGUGCCUAUAUGGAGUCAUAGUACUGGUAAGGCUUCAGAUUUUAACACCAGUUUCUCCUUCAAAAUCGAUGCUCGGAACCUUUCAGCAGAUGGUCAUGGAAUCUGUUUCUUUCUUGCUCCUGUGGGAGCUCAACUACCUGCAUACUCAGUUGGUGGUUUCUUGAAUUUGUUCACUCGAAAGAAUAAUUACUCAUCUUCGUUUCCGCUAGUUCAUGUCGAAUUUGACACAUUCAACAAUCCAGGAUGGGAUCCUAAGGAUGUUGGAUCUCAUGUCGGUAUCAAUAACAACUCUCUUGUUUCUUCCAACUACACUUCUUGGAAUGCAACCUCACACAGCCAAGAUAUUGGUCAUGCAAAGAUCUCUUAUGAUUCUGUGACUAAGAAUUUAAGUGUGACUUGGGCUUAUGAGCUAACAACCACUGAUCCUAAGGAGAGUUCAAGCGUUUCUUACAUCUUCGACCUCGCAAAGGUUCUGCCAUCAGAAGUUAUGUUCGGGUUUAUAGCUGCUGCUGGAACAAACACAGAGGAACAUAGACUUUUAUCAUGGGAGCUCAGUUCAAGUUUGGAUAGUGAGAAAGCCGAUAGCAAGAUAGGAUUGGUAGUUGGCAUUUCGGUUUCCGGAUUUGUUUUUCUGACAUUUUUGGUCUUCACAAUCGUGGUGGUUAGGUCGCGGAAGCGAAGAAAGAAGAAAGAAAGAGAUAUAGCAAACAUGAUAUCAAUAAACGAAGAUCUUGAAAGGGAAGCAGGACCAAGAAAGUUUUCUUAUAAGGAUCUUGUGUCAGCAACCAACAGAUUCUCAAGCCAUAGAAAGCUAGGGAGAAAAUCGCUGGAACGGACGCAAGAAGAUAACAGUGAUACAGAGAGUGAUGAGAAGAGUCUUGUGGAGAAAGUUUGGGAACUUUAUGGAAGACAAGAAGUGAUGACUUCAUGUGUUGAUGAGAAAUUGGGUAAUGAUUUCGAUAAUAAAGAAGCUGAGUGUCUUCUGGUUUUAGGGUUGUGGUGUGCUCAUCCUGACAAAAGCUGGAGACCUUCGAUAAAACAAGCGAUUCAAGUCUUGAAUUUUGAGUCACCAUUACCUGAUCUUCCAUUGAAGAGGCCUGUUGCUAUGUAUUACAUCUCGACUACGACUUCUUCUUCUUCUCCCUCUGUUAACUCAAAUGGAGUUUCGGUAACGUUCUCAGGCAUCGAGUAUGGUCGUUAAAGAUUCGAAAUUUUACUCUCUUUUUGUAAUCUCUUUUAGCUCUGUUUAUUUCAUCUUAAAGUAUGAUUAUUCUUUGUAUAAUCAUACUUAAUCUUAUUUGUAUAUUGUUAUUAAUACUCCUUUUGUAAAGUAUUGGAGACGAGAAUAUUUUAAACAUUCCAGAGUUUUCCUUCUUUUUAAGUUUUUAUAUAGAUCAAGUCAUAUUCCACAAAGAAAUAGUUUUCAAUUAA